AUGACACGUAUAGGCUACUGGGGGGCAUAUUACAUGCCGGUGCUGCUGGACUCGAGCCCGUACGCGCCGGCGGCUGCCCUUGUCGGGGCGGCGGCGGCAAUUGCAGCCGCGGGCGCGGGCGCGGGCCUGCUCGGGGCGGCCGCCGGGCCCUUCGAGCCCAACGCACAGGACUACUUCCGCACAGCGUUGCUUGGCUUCCUGCCGCCGGUGCUGGUACAUUGCAUCAAGACUUUCGUGCUCGGAACGGACGGCUCCGCGACGCUCGUGGAGCUCCUCGUGGACUACCCGCUGAGCGACGCGCUGAUGGCGGCGCUGCUGGCGGCGCUCGCGUACCCCCAGGUGCACCAGGCGGCGAGCGCGGACGGGGGCUGGUGCCUGACGCCGCGGCAGAGCUACGUGUUCGGACUGUCGUGGGCGCUCAACGAGCUGCUGCUCGCGGUGCUGGGCAGCCUGAACGACUACGUGGAGGAGCCGCACGGCCUGAUCAUACACGCGCCGGACGCCCAGAGCGAGGAGCUGAGCUCUCUGCGCCGCAGCAUCUCCCUCUCACGCUGCAUGAACGUCCGGCGCCAGGCGUCCCGGAUCUCGGACAACAUCUAUCAGCCGCCGCCACGCGCGUCGCACAGCUACGGUAGUCUCGCGCCGGCGCGCGCCGACGACGACCUGGUCGUGCUGGCCUUCACCGGCGACAGCCCGGACGCCGACGGCGUGUGCCCCAGCCUCCGCCACCGCGCGCACCCCCACUCCGGCGCACCGCUCUACUUCGCGCCCGCGGCGUCCUGGCACGCCUUCAGCCGCCGCCUGCUGCUCGCCAGCCUCAUCGUUCUGGCCCACCUGCUACAGGCUGCGGGACAGGCCCUGCUCAUGUCGCUCUACUUCCUCUACGUCCCGGACAGCGACGCGCGCCUCGCGCGCCUCGUGCUGUACUUCGGCGGUCACAGCUUUGCCUUCUUCGCCGCCGUGCUGCUGCUGCCUUUUUCGUUGGCCAAUUUUGCCUGCCAUUUGCUGCUGCUCACCUGGAAGGACGACCGCGCUGUUUUGCUCGCGCGCCCACACUCGCACGAGCCCGACUCGCUGCUGCCCUCGCCUGCCACAGACUCUCCCGUCGGUGCCUGUGUCCUGUCCCCUUUCCACGCCCGCCUGGCUUCGCAUCGCCUUUGCCGGCGCACCCUACAGAGCUGGCGCGCGUUGGCCUCUCGCCGCGGCGCAUCCCCCGUUGGCGCAUUGUGCUGGGCGCUGGCCGUUUUUGCGGCCGGCGUCUGCGCAGCCCGCCCGCCUACAUAA